AUGGGUGUCGGACGAGUUUUCUGCGUGGCGCUGCCCUUUAUCAUGACCAUCGCGAGUCUGAUCUGUAUCCUGAUUGUCAUGACCGCCGGACUCACCAACAAGGGUAUCUGGAUGUUCGAGGUCAGCCCCAAGAACCUGACCGUCGGCGUCAACCAGCUCGAGAGCUUGGCAAAUGGCAAGGCUAUCGCUCCCUCGUCCACCCUCUCCAGCGCCAGCUCCAUCGAGUCCGCCAUUGCAGGUAUUGCCGGCAACAAGAACGUCAGCGCAGCAGAUCUUGGAAUCGGGAAUUCAUACCAGGUCUACCUGUGGAACUACUGCUACCAGACCGCCGCCAAGAAUGCGACGGUCUGCAGCAAGUCGGGUUACAACUGGGCUGCGAGCGAGCUGAAUCCCGCAAAGCUCCAGGCCAACAUCUCGGCCACCAGCAUUGCCCUCACCGGCCAGAACAUCACGCUCCCGAAGGACAUCACCGACGCUCUGCACACAUAUGCCACGGUAUCGAGGUGGACCCAGAUCGUCUACAUCAUUGCUCUGAUACUCACCGGGUUGGAGCUGGUCGUCGGGCUCUUCGCCUUCUGCUCUCGCGUCGGCUCCUGCAUCACCUGCUUCAUUUCAGGCUUCUCCACCAGCGUCAUCAUCAUAGCCUCGAUCCUAGCCACCGUCGCCUCAGCCAUCAUCGUCGGUGCCCUUAACCGCACCGUCAAGCAAUUCGGCGUCACCCAGUCUAUGGGCGAUUCCUUCCUUGGCGUGACCUGGGCCGCAGUCGGCUUCUCCCUCGGCAGCGGCCUCUUCUGGAUGUUCAGCACUUGCUGCUGCGCUGGCAACCACCAACGCAGAAACAACAUCGAGAAGGGCCCUUACGUCCCUAUCCAGGUCCACAACCACCAGAACAUCGCACCCUCGUACGCCCCUGGCGCACCCGGUUACGGCGCACCUCCACAGCGGGUUGGCGGCGGGUACGAACCUUACAGAAAUGUCUAG